AUGGAGUAUCCCGAUUGUUACUUAUGCCUACUCCAGGAAACAUUUAGGUUUUUGCAAUACGUUGGAUUAUCUGGGAUAAUCCCUAAUAGAAGUUGCAGGCACGCCAAAUCGAAAAGUUUCCACGAGAGGAGAAUUUGGCAGUUUUUUAUUACCGUCUUCCACAUAAUAAUAACUGUUCACAUGUUAACAUUGAUUAUCUUGUAUUAUGGAUUUAAAAUUAACGUACCCCAUAUGCAAUUCAUUAAAAAAGCGCACGGUCAACCCGGUGAAAUCUUUUCUUUAACAUUAUCCGCGUGUUGCUGCUACAAUGCUUCUCUCCUCACCAUGUUCAACUUCUGGAAGGAUCGAAAAAAGGCCACCGAAACCAUCUCGGAAAUGUGGAAUGAAAAUUCGACACGAUCGAAUAAAGAAUUCAAGAAAAUCUUCCUCGUCCAGAAGAUUAUCUAUCGAGUAAUUACUCCAUCUUUGCAGAUUUUUUGCAUAUUUUGCAUGAUAUUUCUCAUUUAUCGAUGCUAUCACAUAGCUAUCGGCUAUCUUGGUUUGUACGUCACAGGAUUCUACAUAAUAAUAAUUUUUUUGGCUUGCACACAAGGGUUAAAUCUCUUUAUCGGUCAAGUUACUUAUUUCUUCGUUACCACUGAAAUUAUCAGGAAGAAAUUCUCAAGAAUCGUACACGAGCUGCGGGAUCUUCUGAAUAGAAAAUAUGAUUACGAAGAUUUCAAGAGUAUUCAAGCCGAGCACAAUGUAAUAUGCAAAAUGGUCAUAGUUUUAGAUGGUUUCUUCAACAAAUAUAUCUUUCUGGCUUAUUGUCUCUUUCUUCCCGCCAUUUGCUUCAAUACUCAUUUUCUUAUCUUCUCCAAUAGUCUUGGAGAAUUAGCAUUGUCCAUGGGCUAUUCAAAUUGCUUGUUGGUUACAACUGUACUCAUCAUCACUCUUACUUGCGAAGCUCUUACUAACGAGAGUAUACGACCUCGAGAUGUUUUACACGAGUUGGCUUUGUUCGAACUGCAUUCAAAGAUUCGACUUCAG